AUGCCGCCCAUGCCAGAGCUCGCCAACCGGCGCACCAAGCCCGCCACGUUCACCAUCGAUGCCCUGAUCCGCCUCAUCCGCCCCUUUUUCCACAACCCCGUCGUGGCCGCCGCCGCCCUGCUCGCGGGCAUCCACCAGGCGUCGGCCCAGGGCGAGCUGGCCUUUGCCUUUGCCCGAAGGGACCUGGCGCCGCGCCAAAAGGUCCGGCUCAUCCUCGAGCUGGCGCGCGAUGCGCUGGCCAACAGCCGCCUGCUGCGCCUCUACGCCUACCUCGUCGGCAUCAAGGCCAUCAACGCCCUCGGCAACCGUGUCGUCAUCAACAAGAGCGCGCCACGCCCCAUCAUGUGGCGCGACCACGUCGUCGUCAUCACGGGCGGCGCGCGCGGCAUCCUCGGCGAGACGGCCAGGAUGCUCGCCCGCAAGGGCGCAAAGGUGGCCGUGCUCGACAUGGCCCCCAAGUCCGACCACGGCACCGAGCGCCUCUACGUCCAGACCGACGUCACGUCCGAGGCGUCGCUCAUCGCGGCCAAGAAGCGCAUCGAAACGGAGCUGGGCCUCUGCACCAUGCUCAUCGCCGGCGCCGGCCUCGGCAGGCACGGCUUCCUCCUCGACCCGCCCGAAGUCUUCCCCACCGAGUACGCCACCGAGGUCUCGGACGUCAACCUCCACGGCGUCGUGGCCACCCUCAAGGUGUUUGGCCAGGACAUGCUCCCCGACGGCGGCAGGCGCGAGGGCAAGGAGAUCAAGCAGGCCAGGAACGGAUGGGGCGGCCACAUCCUCAUCCUCGGCAGCGGCGCCGCUUUCGUCGAGCUGCCGGGCAACGGGACCUACAAUGCGAGCAAGGCGGGCGCCGUGAGCCUGCACCACACGCUCAGCACCGAGCUCGAGGCGUGGCACAAUGUCGACAACGUGCGCAACUCGGUCAUCUGCCCGCUCAAGGUCGAGUCGCCAAUGACCGACGGCAUGAUGAAGGACACCGACAACCAGUUCCUCCUCCCGACCUUGAUCAUCCCCGAGGUGGCCGCCAAGAUUGUUUCCAUGCUCGAGGAGGACAAGAGCAGGAUGGUCUUUAUGCCCCGCGCCGCCUAUGUGCUGUCCUACAUUCGCAACCUGCCGCCAUGGCUGCUGCGCCUCUCUCUGCGCGGCGUCGGGGCGUUUGAGACCUUCCUCACCUACUCGCGCGUGCACCGCACGGCCGACGCGACAAAGUAA